UAAUCAUGGGUAUGUCGUUGGUGAUUAGAAGACUUAAGAUUUGUUUGAAAAUGUUUAAAACUUGUCAUGUUUAAAGAGUACUAUGCAUGGACAAUUAUGUAAUUGGAUUAUUGGAAUUGAAUGUAUACCUAAUGUAUAAUACAAUAAUCUCUAAUGCAUUUAAUAUAAUCAUAUAUACAGGAAAUGUAACAUUAAACUUAACUGUGAAAUUCAUGUUAUCCAACAGUGACCACGACCCAAUCUAAUAUUUUAGCUAAAUGCAUUACUCAUUACAAGAUAUCAUUAUAAUCUUAUGAACAUAAAGUAUGGCUUGUGAUCCAAGGAUAAUAUGUUUCCAACAUUGCUGUCCAAAGAAUAUAUUUUGUAAAAAUGUCCCAGAAACAUGUCCAAUUUGUCAAAUGUACAUUACAAAAUAUAUUGUUGAUCCUUUCGUUGUUCCAUAUCCUUACAUAAAUGCAGCCCAUCAGUCAACUUCUAUAGUUGUGAGGCCAUCCCAAGGUGAUUUUCUAAAUGACUAUCAUAGUGCUAAUGAUUUACAUAUAGGAAUAACAAAUUCAGAGGGGAUUGUAUUUGAGUAUGACAAAGAAGGAAUAAUAAUUAAUGAUUGGUCAAAAUGGAUAAACUGUAUUGCAUUGACAAUAGUUCCAUCAUGUUGGGAAGAUCAUUGGAAUGAGACAUUAAAAAUAAUGUUAAAAGAUAGUAAAUGGAAGUCUGAAAACUAUGACGAAAAUUCAAUGAAUUGUUUUAAUUUUGUCCUAGAAUUUAUAUAUAAUUUACAGUAUAUGGGUAUGACAUUUAUAAGUAAAGAGUGUAUGUGUAAUAAACUGAUACUGCCAAAAAUUCAGGAAGCAAUUAAAUAUAAUUCCUUGUUUAAGAAGUUACAGAUUAAUAAAUGUUUUGUAUUAUAG